GACAGAGAAGCGCGGCCUUUCUCUCGCCCCGCCUUCCCCGCCGCUCGCAGCCAAUGGGAAGGCUCUGUACUACGAGGUGCAGAGGGGACAGCGCCGUGGGCAAGUCGCAAGUCUAGAAAGCGGCGGGAAGUUCGUACUACGCUGUGGACGGCGAGUUGGCCGCUCUGGGUAGGGAGCCCUGGGGUGGCGGCGGGACGGUGGGUACAGCGACGCUUCAGAGAGGCGCCUGCUCAUCCGGGUGUCAGGCGGCGCGGCUGCUGGGUCGGGUCUGCCCGGGAACCCUCGCCUCUCUGCCCGCUCGCGGAGCUGCCGGAAGCCCGGUUCUAGAAGGCCGCCCGAAGCCUGGACAGGGCCAGGUGGCGGACACCGGGACAGAAAUCUGGACCGGCCGAGCUUACCUCUUCCUUAGCAGCGGUGAGGUGAGGCCUCGGGGCACACCCGCGGCCGCUAGCUUCUCGUUUCCUCCCUGGCCUUGCUCCACAGGUCUCCACCGCCGGUGACCUGUCUCCUGUUGCAGUGUCUUCAGAGGCAAACAGUGAAAAUGCCUCGUGUAAAAGCAGCUCAGGCUGGAAGACAGGGACCUGCAAAGAGGCGCCUCGCAGAGCAGUUUGCCGCUGGAGAGAUCAUAACCGACAUGUCUAAAAAGGAAUGGAAACUAGGCCUGCCUAUUGGCCAAGGAGGCUUUGGCUGCAUCUAUCUGGCGGACACAAAUUCUUCCAAACCGGUCGGCAGUGAUGCGCCCUGUGUUGUGAAAGUGGAACCCAGUGACAAUGGACCUCUUUUUACUGAAUUAAAGUUCUACCAGAGGGCUGCUAAACCAGAGCAAAUUCAGAAAUGGAUUCAUACACAUAAAUUGAAGUAUCUUGGUGUUCCUAAGUAUUGGGGAUCUGGUCUACAUGAUAAAAAUGGAAAAAGUUACAGGUUUAUGAUAAUGGACCGCUUUGGGAGUGACCUUCAGAAAAUAUAUGAAGCAAAUGCCAAAAGGUUUUCUCGGAAAACUGUCUUGCAGCUAAGCUUAAGAAUUCUGGAUAUCCUGGAGUACAUCCACGAGCACGAGUAUGUGCAUGGGGACAUCAAGGCCUCCAACCUCCUUCUGAGUUACAAGAACCCUGACCAGGUGUAUUUGGUUGACUAUGGACUUGCUUAUCGGUACUGCCCAGAUGGAGUUCAUAAAGAAUACAAGGAAGAUCCCAAAAGGUGCCACGACGGCACACUGGAGUUCACCAGCAUCGAUGCUCACAAUGGCGUGGCCCCAUCUCGACGUGGUGAUUUGGAAAUACUUGGUUACUGCAUGAUCCAGUGGCUCAGCGGCUGUCUUCCUUGGGAGGAUAACUUGAAAGAUCCUAACUACGUUAGACAGUCCAAAAUUAGAUACAGAGACAAUGUCGCAGCUUUGAUGGAGAAAUGCUUUCCUGAGAGGAAUAAGCCAGGUGAGAUUGCUAAGUACAUGGAGACUGUGAAACUACUGGACUACACUGAAAAGCCGCUUUACCAAAACCUACGUGACAUCCUUCUGCAAGGACUAAAAGCUAUAGGAAGUAAGGAUGACGGCAAACUGGAUUUUAGUGCUGUGGAGAACGGAAGUGUAAACACAAAACCAGCUUCAAAGAAGCGGAAGAAAGGCGCUGUGGAAGAAGAAAGCUCAGUGUGCGCUGUGGAAGAAGAGAGCCCAGUGUGCGCCGUGGAAGAAAGCCCAGUGUGCACUGUGGAAGACAUGGAGUGCGCAGACACGCAGGCGCAAGAGGCCAUACAGACUCGUACGUGAAGCCCCUUGCUUAUUGCUUCUGUGUAGCCC